UAAGGCACAGAAGCAUUAAAUGAGAGUUGGUUGAUCGUAGUUUCUUUCAAUCUUCUUUUCUCUUACACAUUAAGCAUUCUCCAACCAAGACCUUUCUCUUAUAAAUAUCAACAUUUUCAUAUUAUUAUUCUCAAUUUUUUCUUCCUUUUUUUAUUUAUUACUAUUUAUUUCCAUUAUUUUAUUAUUAUAUAACUCCUCCUUAAACCCAAAUCUUUGUACCAUCAAUUUCAAACCGAACGUACUUUACCAAUUCUUCUUGUUCUUGUUGUUUUGUUUGUAUCGAUUCGUGCGAUUUUUUUGUGUGAAAAUCUAGAUAAAUGGAUUUUGUACCAAAUCCAUGUCCUUCUCGUUCUUCUUUGUUCGGUUCUUUUGGGAAUUUCGUUGACAAAGUUAAACAAUUUGGUACCCUCGCAAUUUCUGUUAUCAUUGGAAACAUUUUCUCUGCGAUCUUGACCUUCUGUUUUGCAUUAGUUGGAACAUUAUUGGGUGCUUUGACAGGAGCUUUGAUAGGUCAAGAGACCGAAAGCGGUUUCAUUCGAGGUGCCGCUGUUGGUGCUAUAUCAGGAGCUGUUUUUUCUAUUGAAGUUUUUGAAUCAUCUCUUGUUCUUUGGCAUUCUGAUGAAUCUGGAAUUGGUUGUCUUUUAUACUUGAUUGAUGUUAUUGUUAGCUUGUUGAGUGGAAGACUUGUGCGUGAGAGGAUAGGUCCUGCAAUGCUGAGUGCUGUUCAAAGUCAGAUGGGUGCUGUUGAAACAAGCUUUGAUGAGGUUCAAAACAUCUUUGACAUUGGUGGUUCCAAAGGGUUAUCCGUAGAUUCGGUUUCGAAGAUCCCAAAAAUCAAAAUCACUGCUGACAAUAUUGAGGCAUCAGGGGAGAAAGUUUCUUGUUCAGUUUGUCUCCAGGACUUUCAACUUGGAGAGACAGUUAGAAGUUUACCUCAUUGUCAUCACAUGUUUCAUCUACCUUGCAUAGAUAUGUGGCUUUUAAGGCAUGGUUCUUGCCCAUUAUGCAGAAGGGAUCUGUAAUUUUGUAUAUGAAUAGCACUGAUCGUAAAAGAGGUUUUUUUCUUUUCUUUUUCUUUUUUGGUUUUGUUUAUAAGCUUAUUUAAUUCUAGGUCUUAACUUACAUUUGAUUACAGCUACUGAGAGCUAAUGCAGUUAUGUGAUAUCAUUGUACUAAAUUAGUGUAAAGAAAAUUUUGAGAUAAACCAUUUUCAGCUUCUUGUAUAUAGAUAUGACUUAUAUGAAGUAGACGACCCUUUUGUAGCUUGUCUCCA